UUGUCAUUGCUAGAGUCAAAACUACAUAACAUAAUUUUAUUCCAAUUUGUAAAAAAAAAAACUAAUUAAUUUCUUUUCCCGGGUACUCAUUGUUCAGGCAGGGUCUACAGUUAAAAAUGAAGUUUAAUAUUGUGCCGGUCGAGGAAUUGAAUCUGCUGGAGCUGUCCCAGAUUGAAAUGGGCUUUGAAUGGAUGCCGGAGGAGCAAAUCGACGAUGUCGUAUCUGUUUCAAAUGAGGAUUAUUUGGAUGAGAAUCUCAGCUAUUUUGGUUCUGACGAGGAUGUGACACCGGAGCAGUAUCCCGAUGGGCUCUCCGAGGACAAUAAUGUCAGCGAAACGCAGGAGCAGCAGGACGAGACCGGGGACUUGGUGAUGGAUCGAAGUACUGCAGAUGCCUUGGGCAAGUUUAUUCGCAGCAACUUGGAUCUUUUCGUCAACAAGAUUGUCUUGGACGUGGGCUGCUACUGUGGUGUCCUCAGCCAGCAUUGCAUCCAGGCUGGGGCGGCGCUGGUCCUUGCCACGGGCAACGGGAAUGCCGCAAAAUAUGUAAUGGCGAACGCCAUCGCGCAUGGCAUGGGCGAAGUGUUUGUGCCGAUCAGGGGCUCGAUUGCCGAGAUCGAGUUGCCUUUCGGCAUUGAAAAUGUGGACGUCAUUGUCUCAGAGUGGAUGGGACAUUCGGUCUUCGUGGGCUCGCGGUUCAAGGAUGUUCUCUAUGCCCGAGACAAGUGGCUGGUAGAGGGCGGCCUAAUCUUUCCGAAUGUGGGAAAGUUGUACAUCACAGGCCUCUUUGACAAUCCCAUAAAGUACACGGAAACCUAUCUGGCCGACACGAUCGAAGACAGCCGGGACUAUCCCACCCACACGUCUGGCUCCGAUUCAGAGGAAGGAGGAGAAUACAUUGUGCGGAAGCCAAGUAUGUUGGAAGCUCAUGUCUGCCCGGUGGAUGUGAUUACCCAAAAGUAUCUCCUGCAAACCAUCGAUCUCUACACGGCUGUGGAUGCUGCGGAAAGCUUUACAAGAGACUUCAAACUGCGCAUUCUCAAGGAUGGCUUAGUGCUAGCUGUGGCUCUGCACUGUGAGAUUUGCGUGGCCCUGCCCAACCGCAAGCUAAGGCGACUGUUCUCCACUGGGCCCAGGCAUCCCGAGACCUAUCUGAAUCAGACUGUUUUGCUGCUGGAGACACCGAAUACUGUGGCAAAGGAUAUGCUGUUGAAGGGUGUUUUCGGCUUGUACCGCAAUCAACGCCGACAUGGCGAAGUAGAGUACUCCCUGCGCUUGAAGGGGGGUCACUUUGAUCCAUAUUUUGAGCCCCAGAAAGAUCCACGCGCAGCAGAGGACGAUUUUUUUACGGCAAAUGAUUCCUUGGCAUUACUGUUCGGCGAGGGCGAGGAGCCAAUGGCAGAACUAAAUUCAGAAGUAGACACCGACUCUGGGACAGAUUCAGGGACAGGGACAGGGCCAUACCUUUAUUACAGUUUUGCUUAACAAAUAAAAAGGGGAUGCGAAUGCA